UUAAAGUCCGUUCCGGUAUAUCACCCAUCCUUGACUUGCUGCUGCCUUAUCACGAUAAAAACUCAAACCUCCCACUCUUCAAUUUCUCAAAAAAUCCUCAAUAAAAACACUCAACAGCAGUAAAACCGUACGUUUCUGAGCGCCAACAUGUCCUCCAAAGGACCUCCAAUCACGAAACUCAUCGUGGAAACUUCGCUCGAAUCGGCCGAUUACGACGGAGUUCUUUUGGUUUCAUCUCCUGGUCAGGAAAUCAAAGCGACGAAACUUGCUGGAGUCCUCCGGGAUGCCCUCCUCCUGGAUCCGACCCUGGAAUCGGAAAUUGCAAUUCUGCCGGUUCCGGGUCUAGCGGCGAAGCGAUUGGUGCAUUCGCCCACCGGAAAAAUCGAUCCCGAUUACGAUGACGUCAGAGUGUUGAAAAAUGCAGCUUUGAAAGGCAUGAAAAGGGCGCUCAAAGCGGGAAUUUCGAAACCGUUGCUUGUUUUGGAGGAGACGACCAGAUUCGAAAACGGGGAUUUGGUGACCUUGUUGGGAGCCUUGGAAGCGGUAUACGUGCCAAUUCAAGUGCGUGAGCACGACCCGACCAAACCACCAAUAAAACACCUGGGGGUCUUCUCCACAAACCCGGACAAAACCAAAGGUUUGGUGCACCUGGCCACCAUCCUUGAAAGUGGCCGGCGGGUUGCGUGCGAUAUUGGGGGCGCAGACCCGGAACGGAUGUCACCCCCCAACGUCGAAAAGUACAUCCUCGACGUCUUUUCCGGAAGCAAUAUUAAAGUCCAGGUGGUUAAAGACCCGGAACAGUUCACUCGGGAGUAUCCGCUCUUUGAGGCAGUCAACCGGGCCGCUUCCGGAGUCACACGCCACCAAGGACGUAUCGUUUUCCUGGAGUAUUCGCCUCCGGAUCCGGCCCAAGUCAAGGAAACUGUCUACCUUGUCGGGAAGGGUGUCACUUAUGAUACGGGGGGUAUUGAUGUUAAGAUUAACGGUGCCAUGGUGGGGAUGUCAAGGGAUAAAUGUGGCGCCGCCGCCGUCGUGGGAUUCCUCCAGGUGGUCAGAUUACUACAACCGAAAAAUGUCAAGGUUGUGGCUGGGGUCAGUCUAGUCCGGAAUAGCAUAGGGUCAAAUGGUUACGUCGCAGAUGAGGUCAUAACGGCCAGGUCCGGAGCUCGAGUCCGGGUGGGAAAUACGGACGCGGAAGGAAGAAUGGUCAUGGCCGAUGUUUUGUGCAAGAUGAAGGAGUUGGCUGUGGAUGCCGUCAAUCCGCAUCUUUUCACCGUCGCGACGCUCACAGGACACGCUUUUCUAACAGUCGGCGAGGGAUAUUCGAUUGUGAUGGACAACGGUCCGGCUCUAAAAUCCGGAAAUUCGAUCCGGUUGCAAACCGCCGGCGACUUGAUCGGCGACAUUUUCGAAAUCUCCCGGAUCCGAUCCGAAGACUUUGCACAGCAUCGUGGCGAAGCUUUCGGUGACGAUAUCAAGCAGGCCAACAAUCAGCCAUCAUCAAGGACACCGAGAGGACACCAAGGACCUGCCGCAUUCCUGAUCCUCGCAGCUGGAUUGGAGACGCACGGAUCAGGAAGUGGGAAGCCCCUGAAAUACAGCCAUCUUGAUAUCGCCGCUUCGGCGGGGGAAUUCCCCAAACCGGCCACAGGGGCUCCGGUUUUGGCACUGGCUAAGGCAUUUCUGUUGAAUUAAUUAUUCGUACUUAAUAAAGCUCAUUUUCAUGCAAAAGCUCACGUACACUUUGGAUUCUUGACUUUUGGGUGCGGUGGCACUGUGUGCUAUUUUUAGGUCGAACUAUUUUAAUUAAUAUUAAACGUUUUUUUUCUUU